CCUCUAUGACGUCAGCAGCGGGCCCAGAUACCGGAGAGAGGGCUGUGUCGGGCCGCUGGGCCCGCGGGCUGCACUCAGGGUGCCGGCGGCGCGCACCGGCAGAGGGAGGGCCGAGGGCCUCGGCGGCUUCGGCGGCAACUUUGGCGUCCGUGAGGGGGCGGCCCGGGGUCAGGAUGCGGCGGAGCCCCCGCCCGGGCUCGGCCGCGUCCCCACACAAGAGCACUCCCAACUGUUACAGCGACAACAGCAACAGCUCAGUGAGCGUCACCUCGGGAGAAAGCAGCGGGCACCGGUCAGCUGGGCUGGGGCCCGGCGAGCCUGAGGGCAGAAGAGCCCGGGGCUCGAGCUGCGGUGAGCCUGCCUUGAGCGCAGGAGUGCCCGGAGGAACCGCACGGGCUGGAAGCUCUCGGCAGAAGCCGGCGCCCCGGAGCCACACCGGGCGGACCGCCUGUGGCGCGGCAACCGUGAGGGGCGGGGCCUCGGAACUGGCUGGCUCUCCCAUAGUCUCUGAGGAGCAGCUCGACCUUCUCUCGACCCUGGAUCUGAGGCAGGAGAUGCCUCCUCCGCGAGUGUCCAGGAGCUUCCUGAACCUACUCUUCCAGGUGCUGAGCGUGUUGUUAUCCCUGGUAGGAGACAUGCUGGUCAGCGUGUACAGAGAAGUCUGUUCCAUCCGCUUCCUGCUCACGGCUGUGUCACUACUGAGCCUCUUUCUGGCAGCACUCUGGUGGGGACUCCUGUACCUGAUCCCUCUUGCGGAGAAUGAACCUAAGGAGAUGCUGACUCUAAGUGAGUACCACGAGCGCGUGCGCUCCCAGGGGCAGCAGCUGCAGCAGCUCCAGGCUGAGCUGGAUAAACUCUACAAGGAGGUGUCUAGCGUUCGAGCAGCCAACAGCGAGAGAGUGGCCAAGCUCGUAUUCCAGAGGCUAAAUGAGGACUUUGUGCGGAAACCUGACUAUGCGCUGAGCUCUGUGGGAGCCUCCAUCGACCUAGAGAAGACAUCCCAUGACUACGGAGACGCGAACACUGCCUACUUCUGGAAUCGCUUCAGCUUCUGGAACUACGCGCGGCCGCCCACGGUUAUCCUGGAGCCAGAUGUGUUCCCUGGGAAUUGCUGGGCCUUUGAGGGCGACCAGGGCCAAGUGGUGAUCCGACUGCCCAGUCGUGUGCAACUGAGUGACAUCACCCUGCAGCAUCCACCGCCCAGCGUGGCCCACACCAGUGGAGCCAACAGUGCUCCCCGUGACUUCGCAGUCUAUGGCCUCCAGGUUGAUGAUGAGACUGAAGUGUUCUUGGGGAAAUUCACCUUUGAUGUGGAGAAAUCUGAGAUUCAGACUUUUCACCUACAGAAUGACCCCCCAGCUGCCUUUCCCAAGGUGAAGAUCCAGAUUCUAAGCAACUGGGGCCACCCCCGUUUCACCUGCUUGUAUCGAGUCCGAGCCCAUGGCAUGAGAACCUCAGAAGGGGCAGGGGAGAGUGCCACAGGAGGGCCUCAUUAAACAUGCUGAUGGUUGGA